AUUCAAUCGCUGCCACAACCUCAGCAUCGAAGCCGCCGUAAUCGCACAGCAGCGCCGUGCCGUCGGUCAAAAUGAACGUCCAACUACCGCCCGUCGACUAUGCCACCAUGCCCGAAUGGCGGUGGCCAUCCUCGAAAUUCGGCAUCGACAUGACGACGCUAUUCACCGACAUCUACCGAGAGUACAACAUGGAGCCCUCCCCCAUCCAGCAGGCCGAAGCCUUCCACCACGACGUCUACGAGAUUGCGAACCGCGCAUCCACAAGGGAGGAGUUCUACCGCCUGCUCGGCGAGCGGAAAGAACAGCGCCUCAGGGAACUGAGAGACGCAUUUGAGUCCGUCGCAGGCGAGCUUACUGGCCGCCCGUGUUUGACCAACGACGAUGGUCUCUGGGCGUCCAUCGCACGCUUCACCCACCACCGGACCCUCGACAACCUCGUCGCGCACUUCGCCUCCUACAUCCCUGACGGCUACUUUGAAGAGCGCCAACGAACACUCGAUCGGAACUCUGCUAAACUGGCAAAACUUAUGGGCAAACCUUACCGCGGUAUCGACGCCGACGGCAACCGCGUUAACGGCACCAACCCGUACGAGAAGCCCGACUUGCCACAUCUCCCCCAAUCUUCUCUACCUCCGAUGCCGCCACAGAGCAGCUGGGGGCCCAAAAAGCACCAGCCUGGACAGAAGCUACACAUGCCGUCGCCGCCACGGAGCAGCUCGGGGGUUGAAGAUCAAACGUCUGAGCAGCAGCUGCCUGUCACGCCGCCGCCGCAAUCACCACCGCCGCGUCCCGCAGCCCGGACGAGGGACUCCGGGACCCAGACGAUGGAGGGCCGCGUGACCAAGAGGACGUCAGCACCACGCAGGACAGGCGGUGCUGCUGCCCCCAGGAGAAGGUCUCUUAGGGUAGCAGCACAGGCAGAAGGAUCGCGCGGUGGCAGCGGGUCAAGAUACAAUCUGCGAUCCAAACAAGGCGCGGGAACCACAGGGAGGACCCGCGAGCGGCGAGGUGUGGCAACCAGGGCCCGCCGAUAGAGCACGCGGACGUGGGGUUGGGAAGCGAAUGUUGUCGCGAGAGGGAAAAGGUCGGGAUUUGUGAUUUUGAAUGCAUUUGUCGGAGCAUUGCGUGGCGCUACUGGAUUGAUUGGAGCUGGGGGCUCAUUGGCGUUUUUGAUUUGGGUUACUUGGAUACCAGGUCGGUUUUCUUUAUAUCAAGUUGAUACCAGAAGUUAAGGGAGAUACCAGACUCUCAUGCCUCGGAACUACGGUUACUCCAGAGAGCAAAGCAGACAUAUAUCUCUGUUGUUCAUUCUAGGAAAUUCAUUGCCCAGUAGCUUGUGCCUUGCGCUACGGAACAAGAUGUACCAAUCAUUUCUUAGGCGGGCCGAGACGGGAAAGCUGAGGAAAGGAAUAGAAGCUAGGAAGUCGU